GACCAAAUGUAUAUCAAACCUCCCGACUUCUUCACUCACUCCACCACUACCUCUCGAGGAAUUCAAAAAACUUCCCACUCCGCUCCAAAGUUGCCCUCCGAUUCCGAAUCCGAUCGGCGAUCUCUCUCUUGCCCUCCGAUUCCAAAUUCGCCGUAUUUAGGGUUUCUGUUCCCCUAAUCGUCGCCGAUUUCCUGGAUCCAAUGGCAACGGAGUCGUCGGAGGGGGAAGACGAAGGGAAAAUUACUGGAGGAAGCCAGCACCUGGUUGUGGAGGACGACCUGAGAGAGCUGGGUAAGAAGGCUGCUUGGAGCGUCAGCUCUUGCAAAACCGGAAACUGCGUAGCUUCCCUCCGCGACGACAAUCUCGAUACCUACUGGCAAUCGGACGGUGCUCAGCCGCAUUUGGUGAACAUUCAGUUCCAGAAGAAAGUGAAGCUGCAAUUGGUAGUAGUUUAUGUGGAUUUCAAGCUUGACGAGAGCUAUACCCCCAGCAAGAUCCUCAUUCGUGCUGGUGAUGGCUUCCAUAACCUCAAGGACAUCAAAACUGUGGAACUCGUCAAACCUACUGGUUGGGUUUACAUAUCACUAUCAGGAAAUGAUCCAAGGGAGACUUUUGUGAAUACGUUUAUGCUACAAAUUGCUGUGAUCUCGAAUCACCUUAAUGGAAGAGAUACUCAUGUCCGCCAGAUCAAAGUUUACGGCCCCCGCCCGAACCCUAUACCGCACCAACCAUUUCAGUUCACUUCAACAGAGUUCAUCACUUACUCUUCUGUUAGAUGAUAAAUACUAAGGUUUUGUAACUUGCUUUGGAGAUGGAUUAGUGUUUGAAGCCCCCUGUUGCGUAGCUUGAGGAUCAAAGGGUCUGAAGUGAAGACACAAGAGAAGCUUCUUCCUUCUUUUGUAUUUUCCAUUUGGUUAAUUGCUUCAAAAUGAAAUACCUCCAUUUUCACACUUCACUGUGGCUUUGAUAUUAUAGAAGCAUAUUCAUCGAUGUGGUUUGGCGAAAUCUUUUCUAUUUUUGUGGUUCGGUAUCCUUGCUUACAUCAGUCAGUGGCAUGGCUGAUUAACCAAACAAAGGAGAAUAACCAAUGGAACCAAGG